CGUUUGAGAGUAUUUAGAAAGAAACAAACUGCAGAGACAGACGGCGGAAAACAGCGACCAGCGUGCGGACUAUCGUGACCGGAGCUCAGCUUUUAACAGGUUCAGCCAAAUAUUUCCCUUCAGACGGGCGGACAGAACUACGGAAACCCGGAAGGAGUCCUGGAACCGCACCGGAGUUAACGGUGAACGUUCCGCUGCAGAGAAUCAUAUACUAGUUUGACGCACAGGAUCAUGGAUGUUCUCCGCCGGAACUGACCGGGAACUCCAUGAAGAUGCUGGACAAAAGAACCAAGACGUUCCGUCCAGAAGAAGAAGAGGCCAGAGGGAAGAACGGAAAGGAGCCCUUCCUCAGUCAGUACCGCUGCGGCGCUCUGCUCGGCAGCGGCGGGUUCGGUUCCGUGUUUUCCGGCCACAGGGUGUCAGAUGGACUGCAGGUGGCCAUCAAGCAGAUCCCCAUCGACAGAGUCCAGCAGUGGGCCAGACUGCCAGGGGAAUUCCGCUCCGUUCCCAUGGAGAUCGCUCUGCUGCAGCGGCUGUCAGACGGUGAAGGUCACAGCGGCAUCGUGCGCAUGCUGGACUGGUUUGAGGUGGAGGGGCGGGGCUUCAUGCUGGUGAUGGAGCGACCGCCGCAGUGCCAGGAUCUGUUUGACUUCAUCACAGAGCGAGGAGCGCUGCCCGAGCACCUGGCCCGCAGGUUCCUGCGGCGGAUUGUGGAGGCGCUGCAGUUCACGCACGCACAUGCGGUGGUGCACCGAGACAUCAAAGAUGAGAACAUUGUGGUCGACACGAGGACGCUGGAGGUCAAGAUCGUGGACUUUGGGUCGGGCGCGCUGCUCAAAGAGACGCCGUACUGCGAGUUUGAAGGCACGCGGGUCUACAGCCCCCCUGAGUGGAUCGAGUCCCGGUCCUACGAGGCCGUCCCCCUCACUGUCUGGUCUCUUGGCGUCCUGCUCUUUGACAUGGUCUGUGGUGACAUCCCGUUUGAGCAGGACCAUGAGAUCGUUAAGGCCACGCCCAUCUUUACCAGGAGGGUCUCGAAGGAUUGCCGGGCUCUGGUCCGCUGGUGUCUGUCCUACCAGCCGGAGGAGCGCCCCUCCCUGGAGGAGAUGCUGUCUCACCCAUGGAUGCAGCGAGGUGAUGAGGAGGAGGAUGAAGAGGAGCACAGCUCACUGCCCACCCCGUCUCUGUGAGUCCGAGGUGGACUCUGAUCUGGACUUACGGAACCAGAAUCCCUGCAGCUGGACUGGUUUCCUGUUACUGACUGUGGGACUGAUGAGGAGGAGGUGCUCUUCAUCCUGCACUGCGGGCAUUGCGCUCUAUUUAUUGAUAAUUUAUUGUACGUGUGAGCCAGUCCUGUGGGCGUGUGGUCCUGCUGAGGUUCAGGCUGCUCAAGAAGACCCCCUACGGCAGAGGAGGCCCUUCUGCCAGGAGUGAAGACCCCGCGGCCCUGCGUUCUGUGGACGCCACCGCGGCCUGCAGCUCCGCUAAAAGUGGCUCCUGAGUCACUUGGUUUGGUUUAUUUACAUUAAAUAAGAGUUUGUGGAUCGAAUAUGAAAGACGAUCUAAAGUUUGAAUAAAAGACUUUGAGGUA